AUGGACGAAUCCAACAUCCCCGCCAUCGCAGCCAGUACUCAACUUGACGUUAUCAACUUAACGCAGGAACUUCAUAAAGAGGAAGGACUCUCUAAUUCCUUCGAGAAACAAUUCCAUCUUCAAGAGCGAUAUAUUAAACUACUUCUCAGGUCAAUCGAGAAUCACAAGAUCUUCGGGAAAAUAGCACAAGAUUACUUGGAAGCUCAAGUCAUUCCCAACAUUAACUAUGAAGACCACGAGCAAAGGCAUAUAUGUCUCAGCGUUGGGAAGAUUUACAACACUCUCAAGGUCUGGCACUUAGCAACACUCUGGCUUCGUCGUGCUGUGAAAGGUUUUAUUAAGAAUGGCAUAGAGGCGAGUCAUUCUGAGAUUGCAGAAGUCACAAAGCUCUAUUGCGAAAUCUGUGAGAAGGAUGGACGUGCUGGAGAAGCAUUUGCUUUCAAGCGGAUACUACAAGAUGAAAUAGGGUAUGAUCCCACUCAGAUUCCCGGUGAUCUGAAGAAGGCCGUUGAAUGGUGCCGCUUGAAGGGUUUCGAUGUGUCUACUGAAGGAGAUCAACUCGCUUUUACACACCCAAGGAACUGCAAGGGUAACAGUGCUUUACACGAAGCUGCCCGGGAGGAUGAGAGAGAUACUGACGUGGAGAUACUGUCUAAGCUGACCACAGAUGAUCUCCUGUCUCUCAAAAAUACGAGUGGGGAUACAGCACUUCUUCUAGCUGUUGAUAAGUCCAACACAACUGUCCUAAGAGUUCUCCUGAACACACCGUCUCUCGUAUAUGUUCGAGAUGAAGGAGGUCGCACACCGCUUCACAGAUGUCGUGAUCACAAAACAUUGCGUCUGAUUCUUGAUGGUUUGAACGGCUCGAGACAUCGCCCGAGCAUCACAAACGCUGAUCACGGUAGCCAUGAUGCUACUUCAUCUGUGAUUGACAUCAAUUCACAAGAUCGGUAUGGUAAAACAGCUCUGUUCAUGGCAUGCUCACAGGGUAAGGCAAGAAUGGCGAGGGAGCUCAUCGAUGCUGGAGCCGAUGUGAAUGCAGCAGAUAGGAGAGGACAGUGUCCGCUACUAGCUUGCUUGUCUCACAACGGAAUAUCAUGGGCACUGAGAGAGCAGAUCAUUCUACGUCUGCGCUCCAAGGGAGCGGACCUAGAUCAGCCGGACCAUGAUGGGAACACAGCUAGGAAGGAACUUCAACGGAAAAAGUUCCAUUCUUCAACCAAGGCCGUCACCAGGUUUCUUUCUCUUGACCCUACGGUCGAGUUAGAGAAGUUGGAAAAUCAGUCUAGAGAAAGAAAGAGAGACAGUGAUACUACUGCGAGCACAAGGAAAAACAGAUUUUCAUUACGAGCAGUAUUUAGCUGA